AUAUUGAAAGAUCUCCUCAAUUACUUAAAAAUUACUUCAAAAUUAGAAUAGACUAUUUCCAAUACUUUAAGAAUCUUUUACCUUUUAAGUUGGGGCCUUCUUUAGAUUUGAAUAUGAUGCAGUUUUUACCAAAACUCAAUCAGGAUGGAAGUUACAUUUUCGUUUACCAAUUUCAAAAAUUCCUAUAUGAUUCGAUAUAAAGCAAUACAUUAUGUCAACCUGAGUAUUAUCAUAAAGGCAAUUUUAAGUAUUAUAUUUCCACUUUUAUCAACUAAACUCCAGAAAAGGCUUCAUCUUCAUUCUGAUAUGGAAUCUCUACAUAAAUUCAUCAGCCCAGACUGUUUGCCUUCGGAUUACGAAGGAAAUUUACCAAGUUUCGAUCCCACUGAUGCCAAUAAUAUGCUUAAAGCUAACGAAGAGUUGUUUAUAAGAAACGAAGAAUACGUGAAAUUGUACGAAGAACAACUAAAUAGUAAUUUUACUGAGGGCACAUUCAGAUACAUUGGCGAGGAUGCAGAAGAGGAAAAGAUGAAAAAAAUUUAUAGAAAAAUCAGAAGAAAAAUUUAAAUAUCAUUCUGACAA